AUGAUUUCCAAGAUUCGGGCGUAUCGAUGUCACAAACAUCAAGCUUUGCCAAUUUCGUGGGUAGAAUCUGAAACUGCUGCAAGUUUAUCAAACAAUAAUGAUAAUGAUGAAGAAGAAGAGGGAAUCGUCGAUGCAGAAGUGGUUAGUGUGAAAAAUGAAAAACAACAUUUUUCAGAAAUGGCUACGGAUUUAGCGUCUGCAUCAACUGUUUGGCUACAAAAAACUUUUGCUCACCUGCAUAUGCCAAAUAUAAGCAAACCCUCCCAAAUAAAUAUUCAUUUACCAAACAUCAAAAUGCCAAAUCUACAAAUGCCAAAUCUUAACAACUUCUCUUCACCAAAAUUUUCAACAAUGAAUUUUAGUAAAAAUAUAUCAAUCCCACGACCAUCUAUGCCAUCAAUGCCAUCUUUGAAUGUCAACUUAGAAUUUCCAACCGUUACUUUUCAAACCUUUAUUCCGCCUAGUUUUGUUGGAGGUUUCACUAGAAAUUAUGAAAAGAGUAUAGAAACUACACUCGAUGGUGAUGCUAGUGGUAGUGGAAGUUGUAAAAGGCUGGUUAAUGAUACUAAAGAUAUUGAUUCUAAUUUCUGGAAUAAUGCAAGUAACAUAUGGAAUAGACCAGAAGGUAAUUCACAACAACCAUCAUCGCCAAAAUGUAUUGGACAAGAUAUUACAGGAUUUUCAAGAAUUGCCAAUAUGUUGCCAAUAAAUUUUACCCAUAACCCAGAGGAGGAUCAUCCAACUUCUACUCACAUCAGUAUUUAUCGUAAGUUUGGUUAUGAACCUAAUAAUUUAAAUGAAGAUCAACUUGCACGCCUAGAUUAUCAUAGCCAAAAAGUCAAAAAAUUAAAACAAGAUAAAAUGCUAUACUUAUUUUGGCUACCAACUACCGGAACAUUCGAUAAUAUUUCUCUACGAAUUCUGGGAAUUGUUUCAGUAAAAAGUAGUGCAGUGAUUCCAAAUGUAGUCCAAAAUCCAAUUGCUGUCGGUUCAAAUAUACCAUUUAGAAUAAUAACAUCAUUAACAGUUUCAGUGAUUAGUCUUUUAUUAUUAUCAUUAUCAACAAAAAACAAGGAUUUGGUCUCACCUACAGCAUAUUUUUAUUUUGUUAUAUUUUUGGUGGGUAUAUCAGGUGUAACAACUGGUUAUUUACAAAAUGAUACAUUUGGAACUGCUGCUCAAAUUUCACCUAAAUAUACUCAGGCUGUUAUGAGUGGUCAAGGAUUGGCUGGUUUGGGUGCAUCAAUUUCACAAAUUUUCAGUAUUUUGAAUUCUAGACAAUUAACAAACUAUGGUGAUGAUGAUGUGGAAUUAUCGAAUAGUGCAUUUAUUUAUUUUUUAAGUGCAUUUAUAAUUCUCGUAAUUUCACUAAUCUCAUAUGUCAUAUUGACAAAAUUACCAUUGUUUCUGUAUCAUCAUCAAAAUAAAAACAUUAAUGCUAUAAUUGAGGAAGAAGAAAGUGAAGAACAGUCUUUACUAAAUAAAAAUUUAUUCAACAUCACAUUUACAAAAAUAAUUAGAUUAGUAUAUUCAAUAAUAUUUGUAUUCAUGAUCACAUUAUCAUUGUAUCCAUCUAUCACAACUUCUGUCAAGUCAACAGUAAAAGAUGAUGAAAGAUCAGGUUAUCAAAAGGAUUAUCUAUUUAUACCACUACACUUCCUGAUGUAUAAUUUUGGUGACUUGUUAGGGAAAAGCUUACCAAUAAUCAAAUUCUUUGCUAUUAAAAAUAUAGAUUUGUUGAUGUUGAUGUCCACAUCACGUAUCAUAUUCAUACCAUUAAUAUUAUUAUGUAACACUGAUAUUGGUGACAAAAGAUUAUUUCCAUUAUUGAUAACAAAUGAUUUCUUAUAUUUCUUUAUUAUACUUUUAUUCUCAUUUUCAAAUGGUUAUUUGGCAUCUUUAAUUAUGAUGACAGGUCCACAAAUUCAAAAUGUUAAUAAAGGCUUAGCUGGAAUACUUUUAACAUUUUGUAUGGUUUUUGGUUUAACAAUUGGCUCAUUAUUAUCAUUUUCUAUGAGAUCUUUAAGUUGUGGUGGGUGUAAUCCUUUCAUUAACUAA